GCCACAUAAUGCAGUGUUGACGAGGAGACUGGAGUGGGGAGCUCAAGACCGUGUCGGCCUUCGGUCCUCCCGCUGAGUGUGUGGCGAGCUCGCUGGCCAGAAGUGCUGGUGGGGGACCGCGCAGUUCCACGAUGCUGCCGUCAGCUUGUUUGUGGAGGCGGUCCUGGUUGAGCGCGGCAUCCAACGCGUGUGGGGGUACUGUCUCCCCAGGAGUCUGCAGAAUGUGGCAGCAGGGGGGCAAGUGCACGUUUGGCGCUUCGUGCGUCUUCCUGCACAGCGCCGUGGAGAAGCUGGGGCCCGACCGCAUCGCCCUCGCCGACGUCGACGGAACCUCGGAGCGCGCUGGCGCAGAUUGGGAGGGCGCUGGCGCGGACUGGGUGAGCGACGCCAGCAGCACGUCUGGCUCGCGGCCCAGCUGGGCGGACCAGUCGCAGGAUCUUUGGCUCGACUCGGACGGCGUCCGGGCCCACGACCUGGAAGACGAGCUGCUCCACAAGGUCUUUGACUGCAGCGCGAGCUCCCGCAGUGGCGCCGACCAUAGGUGGUGCGGCAGCUCUGUGUGCGAGACCGAGAGCAGCUGCCUCUCCCAGGCUGGGGCCACCCUUGGGAGCGCUGCGGCGAUGGAGCGCCGGUGCUCCGCGGACUUCGCGCCCGCGGGCCUCGGGCAUCGACGUGCCGCCGCCGCGCCGGAGCCUGCCAGCGGCGGCCCCCCGGAGGAGCUCCCGAGAUUCAACGACCGCUUGCCCAUCCCCGAGUACCUGCCGGGCGCCGUCCCGCAGCCGCUGGCCGUUGUGAUCACCACUAAGACCGCUCGGCGCCGCAGGCAACGAGAGCUCGCGGACAGGCGGCUGAUGAUGCGGAGCUUCAACACCGCUGCAGCUGGCCUCACCCUGGAGGCCGCGCAGUCCCUGUCGCCCGCCGACGGCCGCCUCCAGUGCUUGUCCUUCCCCAGGUCCUUCGACUCGGCGCCCCAGAGGCCACCCGCCCCGCCGACGACGCCCCGGAAGAUGUGCCGGAUUAAAGAAGGAGGUGGCGAGCACGACGCCGAGAGCGGCGCGGAGUCGGGCGGCGCGGGGCCGGACCCCCCAGACUGACGCAUCCUUGGAGGCAGCCGCCGCAGGUGGGUCAACGUCAGGUAGACGCCGAGGCCUACCUGGGCGCAGCGCAGGGUUCAGCCCGCCGCGAGCGGCGGUGAUAGCCCGCGCGUGACCGGCAUCCACGGCCAUCCUGUGGGAGCGGGUGCGCGGCGCAGGAACAGGGGGCCGCAAGUACGUGAUACUUGCGUACUUUUCGGGGCCGCCCUUCUCCGCGCACGCGCGCACCCGAGCGGGGCGUCGCGCACGGUCGCGGCGCCUUCGCGCGGUGAGGCCGUCCCUUUUGCGGCCGCCCAGGCGGCGGGCGGCUUCCCCCGCAGCCAACCUUCGCGUCCUUCGGGCGCCGAGGGCCUCGGGCCCAGACCUUGAGGAGGAGGAGG